CAAGUUCUAUGCAGUAAAGUUAGUCCGAUGUUGUUUCUCGUCUGAGACGGGGCGAGUAUCUUUUAAUGGCAAACUUCAAUCAAAGUACAAUUAGCACUUUUCAUUCACGACUUUACACCUAACCUCCUAGCCCCAGCUCGAUUUAACACAAACCCGAGUUCAUUCCUUCCCACAGAAAUAGAAAGUUGAAAACAUGACGCAACAACCGGUAAGAUAAUACCAUAGUACGGACAAAACACGGGACCACUAACACUACACAGAUCUAUGGUAUUUUGUAUCAUUUUACGUCAAAAUUUUACAACCGUACGAAAUCACCGAACGAAAAAGAUAAAAUCUCAUCUUUACAUCCAAGCGAAUACAAUAAGAUACAUGGUAACAGAUGUCUGGAAAGAAAAUUCCAAAGACAUCAGGAGAUCAGAGAAACAAGAUACUUUAAUAUGGCGACUUCAGAUUUAGUUUAUUUAUUUAAUCGUGAGUUAAGAGUAAAUUACACCUAGGCUACGUCAUAUUAAGGUGCAGAAAAGACAAAUCAUCGAUUUCUAGACGUGUUGAAAAUCUCUCGUGAGAAAUUAAAUGCAAUCCAUUCAAAUGUUAACGAUGUGCUGCCAAAAUGAUAUAAUUUACUUCUCUAGAACUCAACGUGAAGGAUAGUAAGUCAAGCGGGACAGUGGCUAACGAUGAAACUUUUCACACAUGUGAUAAUACAUAUCUCAACUCGUAUUCUGAUGUCGAUGAUUGCACUCCCAAUAAUAGAAGCAAGAAAUCACGAAGGUAAGGCGUUCCUUCUAGGAUUUUUGGAAAUGGAAAAAAGCAUAAGCAGUUCGAUGUAUGUAACAACAGAGAAAAAAGCCGAAAUCUAUGUCAAUAUUCCUUAUCUAAACAUAACAAUGAAAAAAUACGUCCAUCGAAGUCGGUCGACCAAAAUUGAAAUUUCAAAGAAAAUACAAAUGAGUGGUGGAUAUCGCGAGAAGAAGGGCAUUUUGCUGACAGCCAACACAACAGUGUCCGUGUACGCGACAAACGCUGGAAAGACCUCGCGGGACACUUAUGUGCUUUAUCCCACAUCAACAUUGGGCGUGGAGCAUGUUGUAGUAACAUAUACUCCAAAGCUCUCGCGUACCUCAAAGGACAGCUCUCUAGUGGGUAUCAUCGCAAUGUAUGACAACACUUUAAUACAAAUGAAGUUGCGCAUUCAAGGAAAUCUAGUUUAUGAUGGUAAAACUUACUAUAAUGGCGACGUAAUAAGAAUAUUUUUAAAUAGCCUGGAGACCUUCCAACUGAAAUCUAAAAAAGAUCUUACAGGUACACUUGUGAUCUCAACGAGACCCGUAGUGGUACUGGGAGGUAACAGGUGCGUCAAGAUUGAAACAGCUAGUUACUGCUCGCAUCUUGCGACUCAGCUCAUACCGGUCUCAAAAUGGGGCACCCGGUUCUUGACAUCGCCAACUCCGAACAGGGACAAGUCGAUCGAUGGUGACAUCUUCAGAAUUGUAGCCGCUUUUAACGCGACACAUAUAUCGAUAGGAAGUGAGAAUUUUACCUUAAACUCAGGGGAAUAUAAAGAAUUCAAAGUGCAAUACACAGAUGCCAAGCUUAUCGAGAGCAGCAAGCCGGCGAUGUUGAUUCAAUACAAUCGAGGCUCGUCGGGAAGCUAUCAAUCGGAGCCGUUUGCACGCAUGCUCCCGUCCAUUGUACAAUAUACCAACUCCUAUCAUUUACCGAUUCCCGUGGCUUAUGUUACACCACCAUUCAGCAAUCAUCUUACUUUCAUUGUAAAAACCUCCGAAAGAGAAGUUGUGGAAUUCGACAGUGAACGACACUGCAGUAAACAAAUAGAAAGUAUGGAAAUCCCUGGGACUGAAUACAGCACAUACACAUGUCCUCUUAAUAUCAGCACAAGGGUAUGGACAGUCAUUACACUGAGGAGUAAAUCGGAAGGCGUACGGCUGUUGGCGUACAUCGUCGGCCAUAAUGAUUUUGAUGGCUAUGGCUACUCAGGAGGCAUGGAAAUGAACGACAUCAAUAAGAUGCGAUUGUUCAAAUAUGGUGUCGAAUAUGGGAUAGAAGAGGAUAUAAUAAAUACAAGGGGAUGCGAUUUUCAUCACUCUACCGUUCCCUACAUUCAAGAUGAAUUUAUAAAUGGAUCCACCAUUAAAAAUAUGUGCAAACCCCAGAACAGUUGUACGAUUGAAUGUAAAAGAACGUAUAGUUUCAAAGCACCAGACGCGUCUGAGAUUAUCAUAGCUCGACAAACAAUUCGUUGGUCUAAGCAAAUACCAAACAUCGUUAUUCCUUCGCACGUAAAAGGAAGGAAUAUUUCCUCCAUCGAGGAAAUGGUACGGAACAUGUCAACAAUGUGUCCUGGGGAUAGUUUGGAUUACGAAGAUGAACAUAGAAAUUUGGAGAAUGGUACCAAGUUAAUCAACAGAAAAUGGUUUGUACGGGAGAUGUGUGGACGAGUUACUAGACAAAAUCAAACUAUAUUAGUGCAUCGUCACAAACAGAUAGAAGAGGGAGAAAUGAGCAAGAAAAGCAUGUCUAAUGUGGUUGUUAUCGUCGUGAUUUCAUUAUGUGUACCUUUAUUGAUCAUCAUAGUUGCAGUUAUACUUAGGAUAGCAUCGAAAAGCGAUAUUUCCAAUAAGGUAACAGUUUCGAAAACAUCAAUCCACAAAGUUAAGGUGGAAGAAGCCACUGAAUUAUCCAACCAAAACACUCACAACGAAGAAUCUCCACAAAAAAAUCUCGAUGCCAAUCACAAUGGACAAGAAAUAAAAACCAGUCAUGUCUAGCGACGUUAAUUAACAUAAAAAAGAAACAGACGAUAGAGGGCAGUGAAAAGUUGCCAAAAACGGAAACAGCCAGAACUAACUUGUAAAGACUACGACACCAGUCGAAUGCGCGUGUAAGAAAAACAUUUAAGAGAAAGAAAAAAUACUAUAUUCUCUUUUACUUUCUUAAAAACCCUCCAUGUGAAUUGACAGCUCAGCGUUGCAGAUUGUAAAUCAAUAUCCAAAAAGAGAAGAAAAAUGAAUGCAAUGCUUUUGUAACAAUUUUAUAUUAGGACAUGGUUCAUUUUUGCAAUAAGAAGUGAAGGUUUUCACGAGUUAAA